UCAUGGCGACGGAAUCCAGCAAUUGAAAAGGCGCUAAAUUUCAUCUGCUGGUAUUCGCACAUAGGCUUACUGACACGCUUCCAUCAAUUUUGGUCAGGAAAGUUUAAUGUGUGAGUCUGUAAAUGAAGAAAUUUGGGAAGCUCAGUCCAAAGGACAUACCAAUCUCUACUUGAAUUAUCGUAAGCUUAGCGAGUUGCCUGAGGAACUUCUUAAUUUGUCCAGGAUAAAGAAACUUUACCUCAAACAAAAUGUUCUGACCAAGCUGCCUGCAGAUAUCUGGAAGCUUGAAAAUCUGGUAGAGCUAUAUAUACAUUCUAAUUACCUUCAUCACCUUCCAGAUGAGAUUGGAAAACUUCAAGUGCUUGAAAAAUUAAAUGUCAGUUUCAACCACCUUAAGAUCCUGACACCAGCUGUCAGUCAGCUGAAAUCACUGACUUCCCUUGAACUUGCCAACAAUCAGUUGACAUUUUUACCUAAAGAGCUUGGAAAUCUCACCAAUUUGAGAGAUCUCAAUGUCAUGAACAACAAGCUUGAGUGGUUACCAUGGCAACUGUGUAACUGUUCAUCACUCAAGAUUCUGUCAUUUGAUGGGAAUGCAGUUCAGAAGAUUCCACAUCAAUUAAUGACACAUCAAGGACUGGCUGAACUGUAUGCAAGUGGAAAUAAUUUGUGUACUUUGCCUCAAGAUUUGAAUAAACUCUCAUCGCUGGAGUCACUGAUACUGGAUCACAAUACCAAACUUCAGCUGUUACCAGCAACACUAUUGAAAAUGAAGGAUUUAAAAAUGAUUGGCUUGAGUGGUUGUGCCACUAAGGAGCUGGCCAGACUGCCAGGGAGAGAUUCUAAAGAAUUGGUGGAGGUGUUGAAUUUAAGGAAUAUUCUUCAAGGGAGCAGUGGAAGAAUCCUUCCUCUCCUUGAGUUGUGCUUCAGAAAAGUGCACUGCUUUGUUCGGUCAGUCAGUGUUGAAAAACUUUCGUCUCUUGAGCUACCAUCCCACGUGACCACGCUACUGGCUGCGCCCACAGGACACUGUUUCGUUUGUGACAGUUCUUACUUCACAGCGGUAUUCCUCCAGGAAGAAAGCGCAAACACAGCAUUGCGUAUUACCAGCGCCGAAAUCUUCCAAGGAUUGCGUGACACUACGUGUUCAUUUGCCUUUUGUUGCUGCUCGAGGAGCUGUUUGGAUGAAGUGAGCAGAUUGCAUGAUAUUCCUGAUUAGGGGACAGAAUAAUUUGCAGAUGUCCUGUUAGAACGGGCUUAUAUUUUCAUAGGGAAAAUACAGUAAUUUCCAGGAGUUAACAUGGUGAUCUAAAGUCUGUCUUCAUACGUUGUAAUAGACUAGAGUUCCACUGAAAUACUUCAUCGAAGUGUUGCCCCCAAUGUAAUUGAAGAUACACAUAGGAACUCUAGUAAAGUGACCGUUUGGGCUGAAAGGAAAACAAAAGGAUUACGUAAAACUCCCAGAGUGUAAUGAAAGAAGUCUUUGAUACAUCGAUCAUGGGAUUGUCAUGUCUUACCUCUGUGGUAAAGGAAUUCCCAGGCUGAGGAAUUCCUAAUAAUGUGAAGAGUAAUGAAGUGAUAUUUUGUACACUCGAAGGGGUAUUUCUAGUAGUCCAAGGGGUAUUUUUUACUGUUCUAGGGGUCUUUCUUAAAGCCCUAAUGGUAUUCUUUGCGUUAUAGGGCAUUAUGUUUUUUUUUGUUUUGUUUUUUUUUUGCGGUUCUAGAAGUAUUUCUUGCAUUCCUUGAGGUAUUUUAUUCAGAAAACUAUAAAAUCGCCCAAUAUCCAGAUUAACUGAUUCGUAUGUGAGGCUGAGUUUGUUUCAUUAACAAUUUAGGCGUCAAAUUGUUCAUUUUGAACAAAAAAGGUAUUUGUCGAAGGAAUCACUCCUUCCGAUUGUUUCUC